AUGGAAGCUAAGACAACUGACAAGCUAUUCCUUGUUGGCGACUUUUGCAUCUCCCUAACGGCGGUUAGUCUUUUUGGGUCGGCAUCUGUUGGACACUUCCGGGAGAAACUCUGGGAAAAUGGCGGCGUCAACGGCUGGAAUUCUAACCCAAACUACCGGGUGUACUACUACGCAAACCAUGAAGAGCCGCCCGAGGUUCCGCUGAUCUGGUCACCAAGACUAACCGACGCCAACUUGGCUGUCUCACUAUUGUCUAUGGUCAUUCUAUUGGCACGGGUUAUGAUGAUGUACUUUGGGCAAAUGUCUCCAACGUUCUCGAUGAUGUACGACGCUCUCCUCGGUCUCUUGUGGAUUCAUAGCAUCUCGUCACAGGCAUCGGGCGACUUUACAGAUCCUCGACACCCGAGCCCCCAUCCAUGGUACUUGACGCGACACUGCCAAAACAGCGCGGAGACGGCGUGCCGAGUGGCGCAGGCCAGCUUUGUUGUAUCGGUGCUUGCGGCACUCUUUUACAGUGGGAGGCUCAUAGCCACGGCGGUGGCAUCGGUGCGAGCUUACCGUACAAGUCGAAAGAACGGAUACCAACUUGUGUCGGUGAAUUUGAAAAGCGCGGAAGAGGAGGAUGGUCCUUCUUUAGAAGAUGAGAUGGCGAAGGAGAGGGAACGAUAUUUGUACCGCGAGGCUCUAAGUCCUGUGCUUGCCUUCUUCCCAGAAGAUGCAAGAUAG